AUGAACUUUUUUUCAGCAUUUUUUCACCCAGAGUCACGACGCUUUCGUCUAAUUCUGUUACUGGCAUCUGGUUUCUGCUGUACGACAUUCAUGCGAAUGCAUUUAGCCAUCACAAUGACAUGUAUGGUAAAUUCAACGGCCAUAUCUAUAGUGGAAGAACAGAUCUAUCAUCCUGAGCAAUUUAACAUAACAGAGAGUACUUCUACUAGUUGGAAAGCUCACUGUGAAAAACGUGCCCCUGAUGGCCACACCAUUGUCGUGGACUACGGAGGCACCUUACUCUGGUCGCAUCGUGAGCAGAAUUUCAUAUUUUCCGGUACAUUCUGGGGAGCUUUGUUAGUGAUCGGUCCAUCGAUGCUCGUAUAUCAUCAUUGUUCUCCACGUCUUCUACUAGUGGCAGCAAUGGGCGCCUACAUAAUGUCGACGAUCGUCACUCCUACACUAGCAUUGCACGUUGGUGUUGUUGCCGUAUUUGUGGCUCGAGUAUUCAUGGGAUUUGGAGAGGGAUUCGUGAUACCUUCAAUCAAUUCAAUAAUCUCAAAUUGGUUUCCGGUUGAAGAAAAAAGUACGGCAAUCGCAUUGUAUACGGCCGGCAAUCAAUUUUCCGGUGCCCUUGGUAAUCCACUCGCUGCAGCGCUCUGUGCUUCGUCGUACGGAUGGCCGACUGUCUUUUAUUUCACUGCGGCAGUCGCCAGUUUAUGGUGCAUAUUGUGGAUAUUCACAUCUACGAAUCAUCCAAGAAAUUGUGUCCAAAUGACGACAAGAGAACGGGCAUAUCUGACUGCAAAUGUCGUUCACCAUUCAACUCGAACUAGAUCCGUUAUUUACGUUCGAAUGUUCACAUCACCGCCAUUCCUUGCACAGUUACUGUGCUAUUUCAUAACCAACAUUACCAUCACCCUCUUCCACUUCUACAUGCCAUCGUUUUCAAAGGAUGUGCUUUAUUUGGGUGUGAUAGCUAAUGGUACAUUUGCUGCGUUGCCAAAUCUGGUGAACUUUUUCUGUAAAAUUAUGUGGAGCAUGCUGAUGGAUCGAUUGAAAGUGAAGAAACUCAUCACUCCAACUUUUGCCUUCAUUCCUGUUUUUACGACUACCGCAUCCGCAGUACUUACUUACUUAAACGUCGCCGUCCUCACUAGUUUUAUCUUUAGGUAUGGGACAAUGGGUGGUUUCACGAGUGGAUUCUACACUUCACUGUUGUCACUGGCACCUCGUUAUACCAGUACUAUGUCGGCCGUGUCGUUAUCCGUUGGUAUGCUCGGACGUCUGUGUACACCUUCACUGGUUGGAUUCAUCAAGAAGACGGGCACUCUCACUGAAUGGAAAAUUCUUUUCUGUACAGUAGCGUUGAUGAAUGUCUUCUCCGGCACAAUUUUCCUUUUAUUCGGCUCAGGUAUGUUCUUAAAACAGAGAUUCUUUAUCUGA